UCAUCACCACCAUCGCCAACGACUCACAAUGAAGUGGUUCAUCGGCGCGUCAGAGCCCGCAGCGGACACCACGACGACCCUGCCGGCCGACCACCCGCCCGUGCCGACAGGCGGCGGCGCGGCCCAGUGCCCCGUUGACCACAAGGCGCUCGCCGCGGAGCGUGCCGCCAAGGCCGCCGACGCCCCGGCCAAGUGCCCUGUCGACCACAAGGCGCUUGCGGCCGAGCGCGCUGCCAAGGCCGCUGCCGGCCCCGCCGCGUGCCCCGUCGACCACACGGGCGCCGCGCUGAGCCCGUACAACCACCUCCCCGUGUCGCUGUCUGCCACGGAACGCGCGCCGGGCCAGGUGCUCGACCUCGACACGAGCAAGACGCUCAGCUCGAUCCCCCGCCCCAAGACGGACGACUCAGACUCGCCCGUGUGGGAGUACCCCAGCCCGCAGCAGUUCUACAAUGCGCUCGUGCGCAAGGGCCAGGGCGCGCCAGAGGAGAGCAUCGACAUGGUGGUCGACAUUCACAACUGGAUCAACGAGGGGGCUUGGGCCGAGGUGAUGAAGUGGGAGAAGAGGUUGCCAGGCGGCGAGCAGGCAAUGCUCGCCAAGUUCCAAGGCAAGCCCGGCACGCUGUCGCCCAAGGCCCGCCUCAACCUGUUCCUCGGACGCAUCUUCCCGUCCAAGUUCAACACGGAGCCCCCAUUCGACAGGCACGACUGGAUCGUGACGCGGCCAGUGCUCGACGCCGAGGGCAAGCCGACGAGCGCAGAAACCGAGCAGCGCUACGUCAUCGACUACUACAGCGCCGGUACCGACGCGGACGGAUACCCCAUGUUCUCGCUCGACGUGCGCCCGGCCGUCGACAGCUUUGGCGCCGUGUCGGAGCGCGUGCGGGUCGCUGUCGAGGAGUGGAUGGCGGGUGAGGCUGCCGCGCCGGUCAGCGAGCCGAGGGACUAGAGGACGAGCGCGACUUGUUGUAGGUUAGUUGGCUAGACAUUGCAUUUCUCUAC